CAUAUCACAACAAUACAUCAUUUCAACGACGAUUGCAUUCAAUCUUCACUACAAUGACGCGCUGCAAUGAAUCAGAAAUCAUAGAUGAUCUCCGCCAAACUGAAAGUGCCACUAAGAGAAAGCACACAAUUCGCCAAUUCACAAAAGCCUUACGACGUGAAGACCGCUUCCAGCCAGCAUGGGACGCUGCAGGAGGAGCUUCAGGGCUGGCCCGCCUGAUGGCCGAGUUCAGCAUUCGAGACGUUCGUGAUAUGUGCAAACGUCUAGGUUGGACGGCCUCAGCUCAGAAAGCACAGCCUCAAAGACGUGCAGCUCUUGGAGAAUUGGUCACGAUACUCUACGAGGGGCGAGAAGAUGAUAGGCCUCUGGCCAGCUUCUACCAAGACAUCAUCCCGGCGUGUAACCUUGAAUUGGUACAGAAGUUUGAGAAGGACAGGAGGAUCGAAUGGACCCCUCCACAGACCAAGCGUCUCUUCCUAGGUCAUCGCGAGCAGCACGAGGAUAAAUUCCUUGGUGAAAUCUUCUCCAAGGACAAAAAUAUUAGGUUCUACCAGCAUAGAAGGCUUUUCCGUGGCAACAUCGGAUUUUGCGAAAAGAUCUUGACAAUUCUUCUCGCAAAAGAAGGCAAGGUCCACGUACCAUCUGAUUUGAUCGAUGAAGUGGCUAUGCCCGUGCUUAGGCGCCUUCUCAAGAGCAGAUAUGACGACGGAACUCGCAUCAAGUACCUUAGUCUUGUACUCCAAUGUGUCCAAGAACACGAAGAAGAAAUUGCAGGGCAGCUUGUUCUCAGACAAGGUGGCUUGCUUCAGUACACUGUCGAUCGGUGGGCCAAGGCUGCUGAUGAUAGUGAAAGCAAGCGACAAUAUGAAUCUUGUUUGGUACAGGCGAUCGAGCUUUUACCGAAAGAGAAAUCACCAAUCGACUUGGAGAGAAUACGCCAAACUUUGAGGGUUCCCUGGGAGCUAGAUGUCGAUGGCAGAUAUGACUUUUUUCGUCUCUUCAUUUUGCAUCACAAGGACUAUAAGAUCGACAUCGAAAGCGACUCGGAACAAGAUCUUUCCCGACUCAGGAACCUUCCUGAAAGAUCUUGGCCCUCUGACCUGUUUUUCACCAUUAAUUACAAGAAGUCGUUGCGUCUUUUUGAGAAGCUGGAAAGCCUAUUUCCCAAGAACGACUUCCUUCAAGUUGCGAAUCAGAGCGGAACAAUACUCAAUCAGUCUCAGGGACACAUCAAGCACAGUGGCUUUGGGGACGUUGAAAUUGUACGAGCUUUGCUGAUCUGCAAGUCAAACACACAAGAUGAGCACCCAGGGUGGAGUGAUCGCGCCAUUGGUCUCAUCAACGAGAGGAAAACGAAUGCCCAACAGGCUCGUGAGGCUGUGGAGCGCGCAUACUGGGCGAGAAGUGCUUUGAAUCUCUGCGUCGCCGUUGGAGACCUGCAGACUCUGAACGACACUAUUAUCUGGUCUCGGCGCUUCAUCAAGGACUCUCUCACAAGCUAUAGUUUGUUCAGUGUGAAAGUCUUCAAGACAAAGGAGAUUGAAGAAGUGUUGGGUGCUAUGCCAGAUGAGCGUGUAAGCUCACCAGAAGCUGUGGUAUCGUUCACAUCAGCCCUACGCAAGAAGUACAUUGAGUUUGCAGACUAUGUUCUCAUCAACAUCGUUGAGACUGCAACACUCGCAGUCGGAGAGCCCGGAUUCAAAGUUCAGAAUUGGACCUGGCUGUUCAAUCUCGUUAUGGCUGUGACUGGCCAACGCAUGAGCAGACUGGAAAUGUUCUUCAAGAAUCUCGCAAAAUGCUCAGAGGCGGAUCGUGAAAGAUGUCAAAGGUACAUGAUGGAAAUCGUCUGGAAGCCAACAACGGAUUUGCUUAUCGAAGCUGGAGCUGUAGUUCGAAAUCCAGCUUUAGCGACCGCACAUGGCGGCUCGCUCUUCGACUCUCUCACCACUUCAUCGAAUCGUGAGUCUGUCAAGGGUAGCCACGUAUACCGUUUACUUUCAAGAACAUCUCUAUCGCCUCCCUUGCUUGCAGAGCUGGCACGAUUCCUUAUCGAUAGGAUGAGGGAGCGACUGGGAUCUGAAGCCAUACGUGCGCAGAUGCAGGAUAUUGUAUUCGUCAUUGACCGUCUGGCUUCUAGCGAUCAGCCAUCACUGGCGUGUCCCUUCAUUCGUGACUUGGUCCUGGACAAUGAGGGCGCCAAAGAAAGCUCUUCUUGGCACCGCCAUCUUCUCAGUGUCGGCUUCCUCUCUGUCCUCCCUGCCAAGGCUGCAAAGGAAGUACUAUACACUAUGGCCAGUGCGAUUAAGGAGAAGAUGCGAGAACAAAACCAGAACACGGACGCUAAAGAAGAAGCAGAAAGAUCCAAGGAAACCACUGAGGACGCAUCAACAGAUCCCAAGCCCUCUCAGAGACCGUCCAUCAAGGUUACUACUGUCAAGAUGCUCGCCCAGAUCUUGCAGUAUAACCUCUUCAUGGACCCCUCUUCAUCCUGCGAAAUUCUGGUUGGUCUCCUUGCGGAAGCACGGCAUAUCGAUAUCCGUAUCACCAUCACAAACAGUCUCUUUUCAAUUUUGGAGGAACCUACUUGCCCAGCCACUCUACGAAAACGAAUUCUUGACGCGCUUGAGGAAUACAUCAUUCCAGCAGCCGCACAGCUCAACGAGAGACGCGGACUGACUGAAGCUGAUUGGGUCGCUGCUUCGACUCAAGACACUCCAUUGCCUGAGAUUGGCAACGAAAUUCCUCUUCUAAAGCUCUUGAUCUUGAAAGUUCGGGGGCAAAGUUUGAACGAAGAAGACAAAAAGAGGCUCGCGUCACUGGUUAUGGGUGCAAUAGAGCAAUCGGCUGUCAACAACACCCGCUGGAUGAAACUCUUCUUGGCUAAGAACAACUUUUCUCUCGACGAAGAGAUUCCACAUCUCCCCGUACAUCUCACUACAGUAUCUGCUCUUUAUGGGCAGCUCCAGCCCUACACACCUGUAUCAGUCUUCAAUAUGGUUCGCUCCGCCGCACUAAUCAAUAUCGACCCCAGCCCUGGCAUACAACACAUCACAAAGGCCAUCCAAGAGGACCCGGAGCUCGUUAACUCAAAGGCAGGCAAGCAUUGGGUUUCACAAUUUUCCAACCCUGGUCGCGAUUCGUUCAAGUUCGGAAUCUUGCUGUCUGCGGCAAUGGUACAGCAGAGUCCUGCCGACCGAGACUCUAAGCUGGCUGAGAAUGGAGUGUCUUUACAGAUGCUCCAGUCCUUUGUGAUAGAGUACACCAAGAGAUUGCUCAAGAUUGGCCAAGCCGAUAUGGUGAUGACGCUCGUCAUGAGACUUGGCGGCGGACGCUUCGAGGACCGACAGAAUUGGAAUGAAUGGAGGGAAAACUCGGUGCCCACGAUCAAACAGAUAAUCUCGAAGACAGAAAAAGUCCAAGAACUUAUCCGUAAUAAGGAAGUCGAACCUCGCAGGCUACCCAGUGUGUUCCGGAUGAGACUAAGAACGAUACCUGUCCCCCUGUCCGAUGCAAAAGCCGAAGAAGAGCAGACAUUCUUAGAAGAGCUUUACAAGCUCAUCGGGGACCUCGGAGGACGUCAAUAUCAUCCGUAUCAUAUGGACUUUCAGAAACUCAAGGAAGAAUUUGACUACUGGCCCCUCACACAGUCAUUCGGCCGUGUUGCACUCAACUUGGCAGAAUUACAGGACUAUGAUCUUGCUUCCACAGAACAGCCAACACUCAAGGAUUAUCUCUGCUGGGAGGUCAUAGGUCAUAUACUCACCAAGGCAAAGGAUCCAAAGGAUGAAAAUGUUGUUCAAGAUGUCAGGCAGUUGAUGCGGAAGUGGGAAACUUGUGAGGAUGAAGCAAUGAGGUCAAUGGGGAUGAAGUUCAAAGGAUUGCUGAAAGAUCAUGCCGAAAAGACUUGGUAUAAGCGAGAAUAAAGAAAUAAUUACGAAAUUAAAAGAUGAAUCUCGAUCAAUUAUCACUCCCUUCUGAGUCCAAACGGAUAGGCAUAAACUCAACAGAUGCCGGUUAUGGAGCGGCGUGACCUUGAAUCACCUACCUCAUGGAGGCUGGUAAUGUUACA